AAGUGUUCAUGAAAAUGUGACCGGAAGAUAUUAACUGUCGGACGCCUCUUCCCAACCGGAUGUUGCAGCAUGAAGAAGGAGCAAGUUGUGAAUUGUCAGUUUUCUGUCUGGUAUCCAAUAUUCAAGAAACAUACCAUUAAAAGUCUUAUUCUGCCACUGCCUCAAAAUGUAAUUGACUAUUUACAAGACGAUGGGACCCUGGUAGUGUCUGGAAGUGACCACAACCCGCAAAACCACAACAGCAGUGUAGAUGCAGAGGAAGACGUCCAGUGGUCGGAUGAGGAGACAACAACGGUUACUGCCCCUGAGUUCCCUGAGUUCAAAUCUAAAGUGUUGGAAGCCAUAAACGCUCUUGGUGGCCGAGUUUUUCCCAAACUGAACUGGAGUUCUCCCCGGGAUGCCAACUGGAUUGCACUUAACAGCACUCUGGAGUGCCGCAGUCUCAGCGACAUCUUUCUGCUUUUUAAGAGUUCAGACUUCAUCACUCACGACCUCACGCAGCCAUACCUCCAGUGCAGUGACCAGGACUCUCCUGAUCCAGUCAUCAAUUAUGAGCUGGUCCUGAGAAAGUGGAGUGACCUGAUUCCCGGCGGAGAGUUUCGCUGCUUUGUCAAAGAAAACAAACUGAUCGCCAUCUCCCAGAGAGACUACACUCAGUUCUACCAGCACGUCCUGAAGCAGGAGCAGCAGAUCUGUCAGGCCAUUCAGGACUUCUUCAGCCUGCACGUUCAGUAUCGCUUCCUGGACGAGGAUUUCGUGUUUGACGUCUACAGGGACAGUCAGGGAAGAGUGUGGCUGAUCGACCUGAACCCCUUCGGCGAGGUCACAGACUCGCUGCUCUUCAGCUGGGACGAGCUGACGUCUGGAGGAGCAGUCGGGCAGCAGCAGGAGGGCCCGGCGUUCCGCUGCACCACCAGCGAGGUGACAGUGCAGCCCAGUCCCUGUCUGAGCUACCGAAUCCCUCGAGACUUUGUGGACCUUUCCACCGGAGAGGACGCGUAUAAGCUCAUCGACUUCCUCAAACUGACCAAAAGUCAACAAGAGGAAUCUGAGGACGAAGACGAGGAGCCUCAGAGCGACACGAUUCCCCUGUGACCUCAGGAAGAAGCUAAAUAAAUCCUGUAUCAUCGGACUGUGCUGGUGUUUGUGUGCUGCGUUUCCUGUUAUUGGUAAAGUGGUCGAUUGGCUGUCAGGAGAGAAGUUCUGGAUUCAUUUCCAGUUUUUGCCUAAUGUGUCUGUGGUGGAGGGGCUUUGAUUAAAAUUAUAAAUCAUCUAAAGAAGCAAACUUAUUAGAUUUACAGCUCUUAAUAGUU